AUGGUGACAGUUUACGGGGGGAAAUAUGUCUCUAACAAGUCUGUCAGAAAAUGGAGUGCCCGUUUUCGUGCAGGACGUGAGAGUGUGGGUGAUGACCCGAGACCAGGCCAGGCAAACACUGUCAUCACGAGCGAUCUCAUCAACAAGGUGGACGACCUAGUGAGAAGUGAUCGGCGUCUCACACUGCGAAUGUUGGCGGUGAAGGUGGAUGUCAGCUAUGGAACCGUGUGGACAAUUGUUCACGACAGGUUGCGAUAUCGGAAGGUGUGUGCCGCUUGGGUUCCGAAGCAGCUCACCGACCAGCACAAGGAAUUGCGUAUGGGGCUAGCACUGCAACAUCUGUUUCGGUAUCAAGAAGACCCCGCUUUCAUGGAGCUGAUCGUCACAGGUGAUGAGACCUGGUGCCAUCACUACUUGCCAGAGAGAAAGCGGAACAGCAUGCAGUGGAAGCAUGCGUCCUCACCUCCCCCUAAAAAGUUCAAAGCCGUGCAGUCAGCAGACAAGGUGUUGCUCACCGUCUUUUUCGAUGUUCAAGGCCCGCUACUUGUGGAAUUCCUCGAGUACAGAAAAACCAUUAACUACAAUGCGUACUGUGAGACACUCCGACGCCUACGCAGGUCCAUCAAGAACAAAAGACCGGGGCUGCUCAAGGAGGGUGUGGUUCUGCUGCAUGAUAACGUGCGUCCGCACGUCUCCAGAGUCACACACAUGGAACUGGCCAAGUUCAAGUGGGAGACGUUGGACCAUCCGCCCUACAGUCCGGACAUGUCGCCCUGCGAUUUCCAUGUGUUUGGUCUAUUGAAGAAACACCUGAAAGGGAAGCGCUUUAACUCGGACGUGGUACUCAAGGACGCUGUGAAGGACUGA